GCGGCUUCCGGUUCCGGGACGGCCGUGGCGGCGGCGCGGCGCCGGUGUUCUGGCACCGCGGUGCGUGGGUCGCGGCUGCCGGCCACAGCGGUCCGUCCCCGGCCGGUCGGAGGCGGGCCUCGCGCGGCCUCCCUGAGUCGCUCCGCCCGGCGGGGCCGCGGCCCCUUCGCCCGCGCGCCGCGGGCCCGGGCGGCCCAGGGACGAAUGAAUGAGCGAGCCGGCGAGGGGCGGCGGACCGGGCGCCGGCCUUCUCCUCGGGUGACCCCUCGGCGGCGAGCCGCAGCGCGGGGCGGGGGACGGGAUGAACCGGGCCAAGCCCGCGACGGUCCGCAGGCCCAGCGCGGCGGCCAAGCCGUCAGGGCACCCUCCACCGGGAGACUUCAUUGCUCUGGGCUCUAAGGGUCAGGCCAAUGAGUCCAAAACGGCGUCCACCCUGUUGAAGCCUGCCCCUUCUGGCCUGCCUUCCGAGCGCAAGCGGGACGCUGCAGCCGCUCUGGCGGGCGCCUCCGCCCUCACCGGCCUCACCAAGCGCCCCAAACUCUCGUCCACACCCCCCCUGAGUGCCCUGGGGCGCCUGGCUGAGGCUGCAGUGGCAGAAAAGCGUGCUAUCUCCCCAUCCAUUAAGGAGCCAUCUGUGGUCCCAAUCGAAGUGCCCCCCUCUGCGCUGCUGGACGAGAUCGAGGCCGCCGAGCUGGACGGCAAUGAUGGCCGGAUCGAGGGCGUGCUGUGUGGGGCCGUGAAGCAGCUGAAGGCCACCCGGGCUAAGCCGGACGGCGCACUCUACCUGAGCCUCAUGUAUCUGGCCAAGAUCAAGCCCAACAUCUUCGCCACAGAGGGUGUCAUCGAGGCUCUGUGUAGUCUGCUGCGGCGGGAUGCCUCCAUCAACUUCAAGGCCAAGGGGAACAGCCUGGUGUCCGUGCUGGCCUGUAACCUACUCAUGGCUGCAUACGAGGAGGAUGAGAACUGGCCGGAAAUCUUCGUCAAGGUGUACAUCGAAGACUCCCUGGGAGAGCGGAUCUGGGUGGACAGCCCACACUGCAAGACCUUCGUGGACAACAUCCAGACGGCGUUUAACACCAAGAUGCCCCCCAAGACCAUGCUUCUGCAGGGGGAGGUGGGGCGCAGCGGCGGGGAUCUCAGUGCUGGGAGCAGCCCUCACCCUUCCCUCACGGAGGAGGAGGACAGCCAGACAGAGCUCCUGAUUGCCGAGGAGAAGCUCAGCCCCGAGCAGGAGGGCCAGCUCAUGCCCAGGUACGACGACCUCGCGGAGAGCGUGGAGGAGUACGUCCUCGACAUGCUCCGUGACCAGCUUAACCGGCGCCAGCCCAUCGACAACGUCUCACGGAACCUCCUGCGGCUCCUCACCUCCACCUGUGGCUACAAGGAGGUGCGGCUGAUGGCGGUGCAGAGGCUGGAGAUGUGGCUGCAGAACCCCAAGCUGACCAGGCCAGCCCAGGACCUGCUGAUGUCCGUGUGCAUGAACUGCAGCACUCACGGCGUUGAGGACAUGGACGUCAUCUCCCACCUGAUCAAGAUCCGCCUCAAGCCCAAGGUCCUGCUCAACCAUUACAUGCUGUGUGUCAGGGAGCUGCUGAGCGCGCACAAGGACAACCUGGGCACCACCAUCAAGUUUGUGGUCUUCAACGAGCUCUCCAACGCCCGGAACCCCAACAACAUGCAGGUCCUGUACACAGUACUGCAGCACAGCUCGGAGCUGGCGCCCAAGUUCCUGGCCAUGGUGUUCCAGGACCUGCUGACCAAUAAGGAGGACUACCUGCGGGCCUCACGGGCGCUACUGCGGGAGAUCAUCAAGCAGACCAAGCACGAGGUCAACUUCCAGGCCUUCUGCCUCGGGCUCAUGCAGGAGCGCAAGGAGCCCCAGUACCUGGACAUGGAGUUCAAGGAGCGGUUCGUAGUGCACAUCACAGACGUGCUGGCCGUGGCCAUGAUGCUGGGCAUCACCGCCCAGGUGAAGGAGGCCGGCACUGCCUGGGACAAAGGAGAGAAAAAGAACCUCGAGGUGCUGCGUUCCUUCCAGAACCAGAUUGCCGCAAUCCAGCGGGAUGCCGUGUGGUGGCUGCACACCGUUGUCCCCUCCAUCAGCAAGCUCGCCCCCAAGGACUACGUGCACUGCCUGCACAAGGUGCUCUUCACUGAGCAGCCGGAGACCUACUACAAGUGGGACAACUGGCCCCCCGAGAGUGACCGCAAUUUCUUCCUCCGCCUCUGCUCGGAGGUGCCCAUCCUGGAGGACACACUGAUGCGCAUCCUGGUCAUCGGGCUGUCCCGGGAGCUCCCGCUGGGCCCCGCAGAUGCCAUGGAGCUUGCCGACCACCUGGUGAAACGAGCUGCGGCCGUGCAAGCAGAUGAUGUGCAAGUGCUGAAGGUGGAGAGGAUCCAGCUGAUCGACGCGGUCCUGAACCUGUGCACCUACCAUCACCCCGAGAACAUCCAGCUCCCGCCUGGGUACCAGCCUCCGAACCUGGCCAUCUCCACCCUCUACUGGAAGGCGUGGCCCCUCCUGCUGGUGGUCGCAGCGUUCAACCCCGAGAACAUCGGGCUGGCUGCCUGGGAGGAGUACCCCACGCUGAAGAUGCUCAUGGAAAUGGUGAUGACCAACAACUACUCGUACCCGCCGUGCACCCUGACGGAUGAGGAGACCCGGACAGAGAUGAUUAAUCGGGAGCUGCAGACCUCCCAGCGGGAAAAGCAGGAGAUCCUGGCGUUCGAGGGGCAUCUGGCGGCGGCUUCCACCAAGCAGACCAUCACCGAGAGUAGCAGCCUUCUCCUGUCCCAGCUCACCAGCCUGGACCCUCAAGGACCCCCUCGGAGGCCUCCCCCCCACAUCCUGGACCAAGUGAAAGGUCUCAACCAGUCCCUGCGUCUCGGGCACCUGCUGUGCCGGAGCCGAAGCCCUGAUUUUCUCCUCAACAUUAUCCAGAGGCAGGCCUCGUCUCAGUCCAUGCCCUGGCUGGCCGACCUGGUGCAAUCGAGCGAGGGCUCCUUGGAUGUGCUGCCCGUGCAGUGCCUGUGUGAGUUCCUGCUGCAUGACGCGGCUGAUGACGCCACCUCCGGGGAGGAGGAGGAGGAGGGCGAGAGCAAAGAGCAGAAGGCCAAGAAGCGGCAGAGGCAGCAGAAGCAGCGGCAGCUGCUGGGCCGCCUGCAGGACCUGUUGCUGGGCCCCAAGGCCGACGAGCAGACCACGUGCGAGGUGCUGGACUACUUCCUGCGGCGCCUCGGCUCCUCCCAGGUGGCUUCCAGGGUGCUGGCCAUGAAGGGCCUGUCCCUGGUGCUGUCGGAGGGCAGUGUGCGGGACGGCGAGGAGAAGGAGCCCCCGAUGGAGGAGGACCCAGGGGACCCAGAGGCGCUGCGUGGCUACCAGUGGCUGUUGCGGGACCUGCCCCGGCUGCCCCUGUUCGACAGCGUCCGGCCCACCACCGCCCUGGCACUGCAGCAGGCCAUCCACAUGGAGACCGACCCGCAGACCGUCAGCGCCUACCUGGUCUACCUGUCCCAGCACACACCCGUGGAGGAGCAGGGCCCGCACAGUGAUCUGGCGCUGUCAGCGUCGAGGGCGCCAGGGUCCAGCCGUGCUUGGUGCAUAGCUGUUGGGGUGACCGAGGCUUGGCCGGCUUUGUUGCCAUCUUUGGGUGAUGGUGCCUGGGCCGUGAGGUGGAGAAUGGCCGCCCCUGGGCCAACCCCGGACGUGGCCCGGCUGGUCGUGGAGCGCUCCACCAUCAUGUCCCACCUGUUCUCGAAGCGCUCCUGCAGUGCGGAGUCGGACGCCGUGCUCGUCGCCCUGCUCUCCAUUUUCUCCCGCUACGUGAGGCGCAUGCGCAAGAGCAAGGAGGGCGAGGAGGUGUACAGCUGGUCGGAGUCCCAGGACCAGGUCUUCCUUCGCUGGACCAGCGGGGAGACGGCCACCAUGCACAUUCUGGUGGUGCACGCCAUGGUCAUCCUCCUGACACUGGGGCCGCCCCGUGGUGAGUGGCCUGCAGCUGGUGACGGUGAGUUCCAGGCUCUGCUGGAUAUCUGGUUCCCGGAGAAGCAGCCUCUGCCCACGGCUUUCCUGGUGGACACGUCUGAGGAGGCGCUGCUGCUGCCCGACUGGCUGAAGCUGCGCAUGAUCCGCUCGGAGGUCCCUCGCCUGGUGGACGCCGCCCUGCAGGACCUGGAGCCCCAGCAGCUGCUGCUCUUUGUGCAGUCCUUUGGCAUCCCCGUGUCCAGCAUGAGCAAACUUCUCCAGUACCUGGACCAGGCGGUGGCCCAUGACCCCCAGACCCUGGAGCAGAACAUCAUGGACAAGAAUUACAUGGCUCACCUGGUUGAAGUUCAGCACGAGAGAGGAGCGUCCGGAGGCCAGACCUUCCAUUCCCUGCUCACAGCCUCCCUGCCCCCGCGGCGAGACAGCGCAGAGGUGCCCAAACCCAAAAACAGCCCAGAGCAGCCUUCGGGCCAGGGCCGGACACGGGCUGUGACCCAGGUGCGGGAGCUUGCCCCCGAGGACGACCUGGCCAGCAUGCUCCUGCAGAUCUUCCCGCUGAGCCCCGGGCCGCGGUGGCAGAGCUCCAGCGCCCGCCCUGCUGCCCUCGCGCUGCAGCAGGCCUUGGGCCAGGAGCUGGCCCGCGUCCGUCAGGGGAGCCCUGAGGUGACGGGCGUCACUGUGCGCCUCCUGCAGGCCAUCGCCACCCUGCUCAGCUCCCCGCACAGCGGGGCCCUGGUGAUGUCCAUGCACCGGCGGCACUUUCUCGCCUGCCCUCUGAUGCGCCAGCUCUGCCAGUACCAGCGCUGUGUGCCCCAGGACACGGGCUUCUCGUCACUCUUCCUCAAAGUGCUCAUGCAGACGCUACAGUGGCUGGACGGCCCCGCUGGGGAGGGGGGGCCCCUGCAGGCCCAGCUCAAGCUGUUCGCCGCCCAGUACUCAGCACGCCACAGGAUCAGCGACGUGCGGAGCGGGCUCCUGCGCUUAGCCGAGGCCCUGGCAUUCCGAGGGGACUUGGAGGUGGUCAGCUCCACCGUCCGGGCUGUGGUCACCACCCUCAAGUCAGGGGAGAACUGUGGCGUGGAACCCGAGCUUGUCGGCAAAGUCCUCCAGGGUCUGAUUGAGGUGGGGUCGCCUCACCUGGAGGAGCUGCUGGCUGCGCUCUUGGCCCCCGCCCCUACGUCUCCGACCUUGCGGCCCGUUGCCGUGGUGAGCUCCCUGCUGUUGCAGGAGAAGGAGCCCCAGGCCCCAGGGGAGUCGGAAGCCGACAGCUGCAGCCUGGAGCCCAUACAGCUGGGACCCUGCUCGGGGCUGCUUGUCGACUGGCUGGAGAUGCUAGACCCGGAGGUGGUCAGCAGCUGCCCUGACCUCCAACAGAGGCUGCUCUUCUCCCGGAGCAAGGGCAAAGGUCAUCCUGGCCCCCAGGUGCCGUCUUUCCGACCCUACCUGCUGGCCCUCCUCACUCACCAGUCCAACUGGUCCACGCUGCAUCAGUGUAUCCGCAUCCUGCUGGGCAAGAACCGGGAGCAGAGGUUUGACCCUUCAGCCUCUCUGGACUUCCUCUGGGCCUGCAUCCACGUUCCACGGAUCUGGCAGGGAAGGGACCAGCGCACCCCUCAGAAGCGGCGGGAGGAGUUGGUGCUGCGGGUCCAGGCGGCAGAGCUCAUCGGCCUGGUGGAGCUGAUCCUGGCGGAGGCGGAGGCCAGAAGCCAGGACGGGGACGCCGCCGCCUGCAGCCUCCUCCAGGCCCGGCUGCCCUUGCUGCUCAGCUGCUGCCGUGGACACGACGAGAGCGUCAGGAAGGUGACGGCGCACCUGACGGGCUGCAUGCAGCAGUGGGGCGACAGUGUGCUGGGCAGGCGCUGCCGGGACCUGCUGGUGCAGCUCUACCUGCAGUGGCCGGAGCUGCGGGUGCCCGUGCCUGAGGCCCUGCUGCACAGUGGAAGUGCCACGGGAAGCAGCACCUGCAAGCUGGAUGGCCUCAUCCACCGCUUCAUCACCCUCCUCGCGGACACCAGCGACUCCCGGUCGUCGGAGAACAGAGUGGCUGACGCUAACAUGGCCUGCCGGAAGCUGGCUGUGGCCCACCCCAUCCUGCUGCUCAGGCACCUGCCCAUGAUCGCUGCGCUCCUUCACGGCCGCACCCACCUCAACUUCCAGGAGUUCCGGCAGCAGAACCACCUGACCUUCUUCCUGCACGUGCUGGGGGUCCUGGAGCUGCUGCAGCCGCAGGUGUUCCAGAACGAGCACCAGGGGGCGCUGUGGGACUGUCUGCGCUCCUUCGUCCGCCUGCUGCUGAGCUACAGGAAGUCCUCCCGCCACCUGGCGCCCUUCAUCCACAAGUUCGUGCACUUCACCCACAAGUACGUGACCUGCAACGCCCCGGCGGCCGUGUCCUUCUUGCAGAAACACGCGGACGCGCUGCAGCCUGGCCUCCUCCCCGCCCGCCCGCCUGCCAUCUGCGGCGUCUUCCUCACGGAGAACCUGUGCUCCCCCAGCGACCUGUCCUUCGACAGCAGUGAUCUGGUGAUGCUCAAGUCCCUCCUUGCAGGGCUGAGCCUUCCCAGCAGGGAUGGUAGAGCCGACCAGGGCCUGGACGAGGAGGGCGACGCACUAACUCCCUGGCUUCCAGAGGAGAACUCGGCUGGCUCCCUGCCCCUGGUCAGCGUCUCCCUGUUCACCCCCCUGACGGCAGCAGAAAUGGCUCCCUACAUGAAGAGGCUUUCCCGGGGCCAGACUGUUGAGGCACUCAGGAGGCAUGGAAGGUUCCAGAGGGCACUGGCGCCAGCAUUCGGACGGGCCACACUGCAGCCGGAGCACCAGGGGUCCUGCUGCCGCGGAGCCUGUGCAGAGGCGAGACCGGGUCCCUGUGGAGCCCCCGCUCUGCCCCUGCCUGGCAGGCGGGAUGUGCUGGAAGUCCUGAGCGACAUAGACGAGAUGUCUCGGCGGAGACCUGAGAUCCUGGGCUUUUUCUCGACCAGCCUGCAGCGGCUGAUGAGCUCUGCUGAGGAACCCUGCCGCAACCUGGCCUUCGGCCUGGCCCUGCGCUCCAUCCAGAACAACCCCAGCUUUGCCGCGGACUUCUUGCCCACGUUCAUGUGCUGCCUGGGCAGCCGGGACUUCGAGGUGGUGCAGACGGCCCUCAGGAACCUGCCCGAGUACACCCUCCUCUGCCAAGAGCACGCAGCCGUGUUGCUACAUCGGGCCUUCCUGGUGGGCAUGUACGGGCAGAUGGACACCAGCGUCCAGAUCUCUGAGGCCCUGAGGAUCCUGCACAUGGAGGCGGUGAUGUGAGCCGGCCUGGCAGCCUCCCUCUGCUGGCCGCCUGCUGGUCCGCUCCGGGCGGGGGGGGCGCCGAGCCGCCACAGCAGUGCCCACGGCCCGUGGCUCCCUGCCUGCACAGUGAUGGAAGCGGGCGCUGAUGUUCCUGCGAGCCACGGCAAGGGGCUGGUUGAAAUGAAACGUUCUGAAUUCCCCGA